AGUAUCAAAGGAUUCCUUUGGUGUGUUAACCGAGGAGGAAAAUAGUUUUUCUCUCUCUCCUACUUUUGUUUUGGUUUCAGGUCUCGACAGUGAUCUGGUGCAACGAGAUUUUGUGUCUUUUGGCUGUUUUCCAAUCGCGCCUCGCCGUGAGUACCCCCUUCAGUGAGCAGGUUUGUUCAUCCACGCACUUGUUGAGCGCCGGAGGAUUCGUACUACGAGAUCUGUUGAGAGCUACCAGUAAACCGAUUCCCCCACUCACACGCACGCACACCCACACAAAAUCGCUCGCUUCGUCGAUCUCACGCUUCACGUUACCGACCAAAAAAAAAAUCGGGGAACCUUCGUACGCUUUUAACGCGGCUUGAUCUUCUCCUUCUCCACCCCCUCCCCCUCUGUCCUUUCCCUUCCACGAUGCGAUCAGGGUAUGUGGGCAUCUAUAAUCAGGGUAGCACGUGCUACCUGAACUCCGUCAUUCAGGCGCUUUACCACCUGCCGGCCUUUCGCACGCAGGUGUUCAACUUACCAAACGUCGAGAGCGACGCCGUCUCGCUGGCGCUGCGGGAGAUCUUCGCUCAGCUCGAACUGCGCAACCGCAACAUUACUACGACCGACCUAACCAAAGCCUUUGGGUGGUCAGCGCAGGAAGCCGCGGUGCAGCACGACGUGCACGAGCUCAUGCAGCAGCUGUUUGACAGUCUCGAGACGGCGCUAAAGGAAACACCGGAGAAGAACUUGAUUCGAGAUAUGUUUGGUGGUCUCAUGAUCUACCGCUCCAAGGCCGUCGACGGCGCCAACUACCUCUCCGACCGACUGGAAGACUUCUACGACGUCGAACUCGUAGUGAGGGACAGGACAAACAUCGAGGAGUCGCUGCAGCAAUUCUCUUCAGGUGAGAAAAUUGACGGUGUGUCGGUGGAGGUGACGGCUGGUGCGGCUCCUACCCCGCACACCAUCGAACGCAGUCAGCACUUCCUCGACUGCCCGAAAGUGCUGUUGAUCCACCCUAACCGCGUCGCUUUCGACACGGAAACGUACGAGCUGGUGACGCUGCGCAACGUGUGGAGUUUUGAGACGAAGCUGUCGCUGGCGAGCUACUUGAUGAAUGACACAGCACUCAAGCUAGACAAAGAGAGUAGGGAAAAGAUGGCGAAGAUCACUCACCGCACUCACCUAGGAGCUAACUACACGUUGCGAUCCAUCUUGACUCACGCCGGUGACGCGACCAUCGGGCACUACUACGUCUACGUCAACUUCGACGGUGAGUGGGUGCGCUUCAACGACGAGAUCGUGGAGGCGGCGACGGAGGAGGAUGUGCGCAAGUCUGCCUUCGGUGGCCAGCCCAUUCAGUCUCGCUACCGCCUCUUUGAUAACGAGCGCGCUUCGUUGCUCCUGUACGUGAACGACGACGUGCGGGACGAAGUGCUGCGGGAGACACCCCCGCCGCAGGAGAUUUUGGACCUCGGCCGCUUGAUGGAGGACGAGCGCACGAGGACACUCGAGACGCGCAAGUUCAACUACUAUGUGUGUGAUGCGAGCAUCGUCGACGUCUUCGACGGCGUGGACGGGGCGUCGGAGAAGUACCUAAAGCAGCUCACUGCUCGUGUGCCGCAGGGGAAACCGUCAGGCCCAGUGCUGGCCAUCGCACUUGCACAGGAGCUCCACGUUGCGCCCACGCAGCUUCGGUUGUACUACCGCGAUCACGCACAGUUUCAUCCGUGGUCGACUGUAGAGUCGGUGCGCAACCCCUAUGAUUCCCACUACCCGCACCUUUACGUUGACGUUGCCCCUCCCGAGGCGGCAUUAGCGACGCCGCAGAACACAGAGGCGGUGGGAGACGUUCCCGUUUUGGCCUUCUUGCGUGGAGUUACGGCCAAUUGUGGCGUUGAUGUCCCCGUGCAGGUCGUCCGUUCGAUACCGGAACUGCGGCAUGCGCUCCCCCCGCACUGUUACGUUUACACAUAUCGCAAAAGCGCUGCGCAGCCGCGCCGAAUCACGAUGGAGAGUGACGUUGUCACCGGCGACAACAUUUUAUACUACGUGGGCGAGGACGCGGAUGUCGUGGUGGCCAAAUUUAUCCGCAAUCGUCGGCUGAUUAAAACCCGCGUGUUCCUCUAUGACGACAAUACAGGCACCGAAAAGGAGGUGCUUUGGCUGCGCAUGGAGGAGUCUGCCGGGUACGGCACGCUACAGCGCACUCUGUUCAAGGAGAUUGGAAUCUCGGGGGCGAUCCUUCACAAGCCCGCUUCUCCCGACCACAUUGGAUUUUUUAGUCCUGAAACGAAGACAAGCUACGCAUUCUCCAUGCCGAUACCAGACAGCUACGCGAUUCAGCAGUCUGUGUACGAGAUGACUCUAGCAGACCUCUGGGGCCGCGGGGAGCAGAACCAUAAGCUGGUCAUGACCAUCCUGCCUCUGCCGUUGCCAGACAUCGACCUCUCCCAGUGCAUCAUCCUCAACAGCGGGUACAAGAACAUGCCGCACGUGUACCUCUCCCGUCACGUUGAGGUGGUGACGUUUCGCCUGCUGCUGCGGCUUGCGGUGCAGCAGCUGGGGUCGCAGAUGCGCGAGAGCGUUCUCUCGAGCUACACGGACCAGCUGGCGGGCAAGUCCAAAGCGGUGCGACUUCUGUGGGUGAUACGCGGCGAGAUCAAGAAGGUGGUCGAGGACGAGGAGGAGGAAGUACCUCUAGUGCGUCACGGCAACCUGGUGCUCGAUAAGCUCUCGCCGACGCUGCCGGGGUAUGCGCGGUACGACGUGCUGUUCUGUCGUCGCCGCUCGGGGGAGCGCUUUUUUGGACUCCCGACGAACAUCAUCGUGAAGGCGGAGCUGAGCGAGCAGGGUGAGGUAGUGCUGCGCCGCAUCGUGAAGAGGCUCGGAUAUCCGAACGUGGAGGAGGCGAUGAAGAAGUGGAUUUUGUGUGUCAUGAACACCACCUCCCGCAAGACGCGAACUGCCGGCAUGAAGGAAGUGUUGUCGGACCUGGUGAAGGACGUGUGCGGCGCGCCGUUUGUGUUUGUGGUGGACCGCCCGCAGAUGCUGCUCCUGGACGGCGUGGACGAGGCAGACCGCCACCAAGAGUCCAUCGUGAUCAAGUCCAGCUCCAAGACAGAUCUUUCCGCGUUGUAG